AUAAAAAUAAAAAUGUAGAAAGGCAAUGCAAAUUUUAACCAUCUAAAACCAUCGACAUACUAAAGUAACAAAAGUGUAGUCGCGAAGAAAAUGUGCAUUUUCAAUUGAUUAUAAGUUGUUGAAAGUUGUCAAGUUCAAGGUGGCAAUGGAUACGACACUUGCUGCCCCAGCCCAGGGUGGAGACCAUGAGGAACAACUUCGUCCAGGUACUCCAAGUGAUGAACCAGCCCAUGGGGAAGACACCAACCCAGGACAAGGCGGAGAUCAGACAGUGCCUCAGCCACCCAGUGAUGGGGAGCUAGUCGAUGAAGGGUUGUUCCAUAAGGAUGCAAUGACCAAACUUCAAAAUGGUCUCUCAAAAAUAAUCGAGGAAGAUCCGUUGCUCUGUGAUUUACCCAAACAGAUCACCGCGGAGGAGAUCAAGUCCAAGAUAGCCCUUGAAUACGGCCAAGCCAUGACGGUCAAUGUCAAGAAAGCUGACGAUGAUGUAAUGCCGGUUGUUGUGAUGUUGGGAGCAACCGUCCAUGAUCUAAAGAAUGCCAUCCAGAGAUACGUCAUCCUCAAACUCGAGAGGAACAACAUCAAGAAGUCAAUGAAUUGGACUUAUGUUUGGCGGACUUAUGGACUUCAGUUUGGUCUUGAGAAGUUAGAAAAUGAUAACAAACCUAUUAAAGAAUAUGGGAUAAACAAUAGAGAUGAAGUAACAUUCAUUCGGAAACUGCAGACCAAAUGACAGAAGUCAUGACACCCAAAGAAUCUGAACGGGAUAUCGUAUUGGUCAAGCCGAGCUGGAAGUGAAUGAAUGGAUUUCAAAACGAAACUUGUUCAUGGGGAUUUGUCAGUGUCUGGAUGAACGAACUCAUUCUUAGAGUGGGACUCGGUGCCGAUUGUAGCAUGGUCACAUUUUGCCCACUUGUCCUUGGGUUUGCCUGGAGUGUCCCCAAGGGUGUCUCCAAUGGCAGGAUCUAUUUUUGGUGGUAAAGCGAGAAUGUUGUGAUGCACAUGAAUCUGGCCAUCAUACUUAAAGGCCCUUUGCCAGGAAUGCAGCUCCGAAUGAGCUAGGGACGUUCUUUUUGAAAGCUCCUGUUUUACCAGUUGUUCUGGUUGGUCAAGGGUGUGUGAUCAGCCUUGGUGAUCAAUAAAACUGCAGGCUCAGAACUGUUGAUGACUGCAAUCCUGUCUGAAGAUGAAGAACUUUGGCAGUGAUUCAAAAAGGGACAAAGUGUUAUUGUUUACAUGGCUAUGAUAAUAUAUUAUGUCCUCAUAAUUUACAUUUUGCCUACAUUAUUUUAUACAAUGAUUGAUUCAUGAAUAACAUGCAUUAUUUCUAAAAAACAUUUCUGCACCAA